AUGGCUGAAGCAGCAGUUUCCNUCCAAAGGCUAAAAGCCGGAGUAGUUGAUCCAGUAGUUCUAAAUAUAGAUAGAAGAAUCCCGAAUGAACAAGCAUCCACAAAUGUCGAUUCAUUCAAGCAAGAGAGUGCAACAAUCCUUUCCUUUGACACUGUACUGGUGAGAGGGAAAGAGCGCUCCUGCCCUUUACCCAAACAGUACAAGAAUGGCAAUCCACCUAUUGGUGUGCUGCUGCCCUCAACCGACCUGAUCGUCCCAAUCCGGUUGAUUGUUGCAGAGCGGCUUUUUGAUCUUCUCAAAGAAGAAGUAGUUUUCCUGAAAAAUGUCCAGGAACAAGUUGAAGGAGUGGGAAACGAGCUUGUUCGGAUGAAGUGUUUCCUGAAGGAUGCAGAUAUGAAGCAAGUGGAAGAGCAAUCCGCAACAAUCCGCAACUGGGUAUCUGAAAUCAGAUCAGUUGCCUACCAUGCUGAGGAUGUGAUUGAAAUAUUCAUCUACCAAGUUGCGUCCCUAGAACGAAAGAGCUUCUUCAUUAAGUGUGCCCUUUUCCCUAAGAAGCUAUUUUGGCUUCACAAAGUAGGGAAAGAGAUUGAGUCGAUUCAGAGCAGAAUUUUUGAAAUAUCCAACAGCCGGGAGAGAUAUGGCAUCAUGUCAUAUCAAGGGCUCGGAAUUGGGGAAGGGUCGAGCACAACACGCGAGAAGAUGCGUGAAUUGCGACGCUCCUCUCCUUUGGUUGCCAAUAAGGAUGUUGUUGGCCUAAAGAAGCAUGUGAACGCCGUCGUGUCAAUCCUUCUAAAGGAGGACAAACGGCUUCGUGUUGCUUCAAUUGUGGGUAUGGGUGGCCUCGGUAAGACGACUCUUGCCAAAGAAGUUUAUAACGAAGCUCACAUCAGAGACCAGUUUGACUGUCAGGCAUGGGUUUAUGUAUCCCAAGAUUAUAAACCCGCGAAGAUCAUCAAGGAACUCAUUUUACAACUGGCAAAUCCAGAAGAAGAUAAAGUGAAGAUUGUGAAAACAAUGGACAAAUUAUCAGUGGCUGGCUUGGAGGAAAUGCUCCAAAGGCGCUUGGAAGGAAAACGCUAUCUGAUUGUUCUUGAUGACAUCUGGACCAAAGAAGCAUGGGAUCUUCUUGCUAGGUCAUUUCCAGGCAAUGAUAAGUCAAGUAGAUUGCUACUUACCAGCCGCAUAAAGGAGGUUGCUUUGCACGCAGAUGCCCAUACUAUACCGUACGAACUUAAAGUAUUGAACGAGGAGGAGAGCUGGGAACUCUUUCUCAAGAAAUCAUUCCCCGAGGAAAGAGAGUGUCCAGAGGACUUGGUGGACUUGGGGAAAGAGAUUCUGGAAAAAUGUGAUGGCUUGCCACUGGCAAUCACUGUUAUAGGAGGCGUCUUAGCUGGGAAGAAGAAGCAAAGAAGUGAGUGGGAGAGGCUAAAGAGAAACCUCAGCUCACACCUUGCAGGAAGCCAAACUUAUGGCGUAUCCGCAAUUUUGGCGUUGAGUUAUCAUGACUUACCUCCCGACUUGAAAUCUUGCUUUCUCUAUUUAGGCCUUCUUCGAAAAGACAGAGACAUUUCUGUGCAGCAGCUCAAGAACCUAUGGAUUUCCCAUGGUCUUAUUCAUCAAAAUCUGGGAGAACAACAGAGAUUAGAGGACAUUGCGGAGGAUUAUCUUGAUGAGCUCAUUGGCAGAAAUAUGGUUCAAGUGAUCCUUGUUAGAGCAGAUGACAGAGUUAGAAGUUGCCGGCUCCACGAUCUCCUGCGAGACUUUUGUAUCAUGAAAGCAAAGGAAGAAAUAUUUCUCCAGGUCCAUGAUCAGAAUGCAGAUAAUAUAUCUACCGUCCUGUCUGAUCAAUCUCGACACCAUGUCCUUUACUGUCCACUCGAGAGGUACGAUUAUUUGGGAAAUUCAAAAACGUAUAUAAGAUCUCUUCUGUCCUUUGAUUCAUCAUCUGCUGAACCAUACCUUGAUCGUAUUUGUACAAGUAGUAGUUUUAAACUUCUCAAAGUGCUAUACAUAGACUCUCCUGGUUUAAAAGUUAUCUCAGAUAGUAUCGGAAAACUAUAUUCCUUGAAGUACUUAGGCAUAGGAUGGAAGACACGCAUAAAGAAGCUUCCCCGUUCGAUAAGUCGGUUGAAAAACUUGGAAACGAUUGAUAUGCCCAUGUCUAGGUAUUAUUCUGUGCUGGUUCCUAAUGUCUUGUUGAAGUUAGAGAAUCUGCGGCAUCUACUUGGUUACAUAAAUUCCCCGAGCCUAUUGAAGAUUGACCUACCCAACAAUCUCCAAAUUCUAGGCAGCAUACCUGCUAAGCACUGGAUGCAUAAUGAAAACCUGACAAGAAUGACUAAUCUCCAGAAAGUUGGUUUACUCAUUCAAGAUGAUCAUGACCUAGACAUGGAUCGAUUGUGUGAUUCACUUGCGGAGCUUAAAAACCUUCAGUCCUUGUGCUUGGAAGUAGAGGGUAGCUCGCAAAUUUCUCUGGUUGCUGGUUUAUCUAAGGUGAGUCAUAUUGUCAAGCUUAAGUUGAAGGGACGACUAGCCUCAAUGCCAGCUCAUCCUUGUGUAUUUCCGCACAACCUUUGUCAGCUGACUUUGGUGAACUCCAAGCUCCAUCCAGAUUCAAUCCAAGUGUUGGAGAAGUUAACCAACCUGUCAGUUGUAAAACUAGUUAACGCUUUUGAUAAAAGGACACACUAUGACAGUCUAACAAUAUCAGAGAAUGGGUUCCGUGGGCUCAUGUUUCUCAGGGUGGAACUACUAACUAUGACAGAAAUGAAGCUAGGGAAAGGUGCAAUGGCAGGACUCAAACGCCUGCAGAUCUUCGACUGCUACUCGUUGAGGAUGCUCCCAGAAGAGUUGAUAUCAUUGACCAACCUUGAGAAGCUGGAGAUUCGAGGAAUGCCUGAAGAAUUUUGUGCUAGGCUUCAAACUUCAGAUUUUCACAAACUUCAACAUAUUCCCAAUGUUGUGGUUGGACCUCCUAGUACAAAUGAAGAUGAACUGGAGAUUCUUGCUUUGCGUAAUGCGAUCAAGGUAGGGUUUAUGGCAUAUACGGCAGCAUUAAAGUUCAUUGAUGAGGGCGAAUGUCAAUACUGAUUGAUUCUUUUUACUAGUGCCUUUUUGGUUACUACUGUAUUUUUCUUCCACCAAGGAAUGUGAUUACUACCAGUUCGGGUACAUGUAAUUCUUUUUAUAAGUAGGGAUUAUAUUUUUGGUCCAUCAAAUGAAAGGGUCGAUCAUAUCUAGGUC